CGCAGCGGUGAGUACUGCAGUAUUGAUACAUGUGUGUUGUUGGCACAUUGGAUACAAAUAAAAGCUCAUUGCCGAUGAAGUGAGGAUCGAGGCAGUGAGAGUGACAUCAGACAGUGAUGGGGACGACCAGCCAGGGCACCACCAUCAUAGAAACUGAAGAUGAUGUCCCCGAUUCCACUCAGUUUUGCGAUGAAGCUGCAAUGUGCAUUGUUUCUGUCAAAGGCUUAAAGGAGAACUGGCAAAAGUGGUCGGAUGAGCACCAGGAGUAUCAGAAGCACAACCCCUUCAGUCACGGCACCAGGCCCAGUGUGGUGGCCCCUCAGAGACGCCAGGAUGACUACGGGAAACCUCUGCAUGGCUCAAUGACGGAGAAGCGGGGGAAGGAUGCUCACACACAUAUAAGCAGAGAAGUUGAAGAGCUGUGUGAGGUGAUCAGGAUCAUUGGGGAGCCAGCAGUCAAAAAUGGGGAUGGAGGAGGCGGCGAUGGAAGGGUGGUGACCGUAGAAUUUAAGAAAUUGUUUGAGCAUUAUGUGAACAUCUCUAAUAAACUGGUGGGGGUUCUUCUACGAGCAAGGAAGCAGAGGCUGAUUAACUUUGAGGGGGAGAUGCUUUGGCAGGGGAAGGAUGACCAUGCAGUUAUUACUCUGUUCAGGUGAUCAGAACAUUUGAGCAUUUUUGCCUUCAUUCAAGUUCACAUAAGACAGAAAUGUUUGAUUUGAGUUGCUCACACAAGAAAAACACCUAGUAUAUUAGACAUAUUAUCUCCUCAUGCUACAAACAAUCAAAAAACACAAAUAAAGAGAAACAGAGUGGUCAUACAUUGAAAACACACGGAUAUUGUAGCCUAAUCAAACUUAUACAGUGGGGCAAAAAAGUAUUUAGU